AUGGGUUCUUCCAAUUCAGACGGCGAGACUUCAUCAAGUCCCCCGCUAUUGCGCGCGCGACUGCGUGCCAGCCAUGCUUGUACCGUCUGUAGAAUCCGCAAAGUCAGAUGCGAUGUUGCAGUUACUGGAUUUCCAUGCACAAAUUGCCGGUUGGACUCUGCCAAUUGCAAAGUGUUGCCGCGAAAGCGAAAGUGGGAACAAAGAGUGAAGCGCGUGUUUGAUCAAGAGCAAAAGGAGAAAUUAUCACAAUCCCGACACAUAGAUGUAGAAAAGGCAAAGCCUUCACAGCCAGUGUACCCGAACCCCCCGUCCCAAGCAAAUGCUACAAACGACCAAGAAAGGGACAGUUCGAGCUCGUCCAGCCCAUCUGUCAAAAUCGAUCCAUUUCUAACCCCGGCGUUCCAACAAGAGGCAUCAGAUUUUAAUACAGAAUCUAUAAGCACAAACUUCACUUUCACAGAUGGUACCAUUGACCCAAGCAGAAUAGGACAGCAAGGUGGCUUCGGCAGCAAUCCCUGGGGAACGGGAUAUGACAAAACCACCAUCUUUGGACUGCAGCCGCCAGCGCGUCUCGUACCUUAUUCCAACUACAACUUUGUGGACGCUGGAUCCCUCUAUCAACUUAGCCAUAUCGAUGUAGCGUACUUGACAGAAAAGGGCUGUCUCAACUUGCCUGCCGAAACAGCACUAGAAGAGUUCUUCAAUCAGUAUUUCUCACAUAUUCAUCCCAUCAUACCUUUGGUCAGCGAAGCGGAAUUUUGGGCAGCAGAUGCUCGCAUUCCUCUUCUCCUGAUCCGGGCAAUGUUGUUCAUAUCAUCUCCUUACGUCUCAGCGUCAACGCUUCUCAGCCUUGGAUACAGCAGUGUACAAGCAGCUCAUCUUGAACUAUAUACCGCUGCAAAGACUUUGACCCAAUUCGACAUCCACAGAGACAAUGUCGUCAGUGCCCAAGUAGCGCUCCUGCUGACCUAUUACACGCCCGCGCCGAGCGAUACCACAAACACAUACUGGAUGGUAAACGCAGUCCACUUUGCCCGCUGCGCCCACGCCGACCAGUAUCACACACUAAACGACGGCAAUCCCGCGAAAGGAAGGCUUAAACGACUGUGGUGGACCUGCAUAUUGCGAGACAGAGUCAUCUCUUUGAGUUUGCGAAGACCAUUGGUCAUUGGAUGCGAUGAUUUCGACUUUAGCCAGCCGGGACUCCUUCUUGCCGACUUUUCAGACGAAUUGGGAGUCUCUACGGUGUACGACCGGCCGACAAGACAGAUUAUAGCACAUUUCAUAUCGGCAUUCUGCGAGAUUGUCAAUCCCUUGAGCAUGGCCCUUGCGAUACUCUACCCGGCGACCGGCCCCAAGGUCAUUACCUCGGAGACAGACACUGGAAGGGAGUCCGAUGCUUGUGCUGAAAUUGUCGGGCUCCUGGACGUUUGGUAUCAGAAGACAAGAGAGCGGUUCGAGGUCUCUACUCCGUCGAUUGGCGUCCACAAAUCUGUGACAAUGUUUAUCAAGAUGACUUUUAUCUACUACUUUGCUGCGAGAGCAAGUCUGUGUUAUCACAUGAUGCUACUAUCCGUUUCCAAUCCUAGCCACGCAUCAGAUACCAAGAAGAACGAUCUCCAAGUCCAGGCAGAGAUGGAUUCAGCAUUAAAGGGAAUUACUGGCAUGUUUAUGCAGUUAGCCCGCCUAGGCCUUGUCCAGUAUCUGCCAAACACAUUCGUUACAUUUACAGCUAUUCCACUCAUCUGGCAAGUUCUAGAUGCAAAGAUACUAAACACCGGCGCACCAGCCGCAGACAACAUGCGCGAUCUCAUGGUCUACACCAACGUCAUGAACAAGUUCCGAGGCCUCCACGAAAACGCAAACAAUGUUCUAAAAUUCAUAAAACAGCUCAUUACUCACAUUCAGACAACAGAAUCCGCUGAGAUCAACCAUCAUGAGCUGUUGUUGGCAGAUUCUGCUUUCCCGCCAGAACUACUAUCAAGCUUCCUGCCUGAUGGAAAGACACAGGACAGCAUCAUCACCCACGAGCCGAAAAAUAAAUGGGCAAAGUUAUUCGCUGGAAAGCCACGGACCUACUUGCGGAUCGCAUUGACGAUUCAACAUUCGCUUUCCAGUGGCAAUUUCCCAUCAGAAGAAGACUUUCCCAAGGCACUGCAGAUGGUGAAGUUUGCAGAGGAGACGAUGGAUGGUGGUGUUGAUGUUGGGCUAUACAAAUAUUUGCAACAUAUGGAGGAUUUCUUACUAUCUGCUUAG